AUGGUGACCACUAUGACUGACCAGAAACGUGCGCCAAUCCAGCCAGUGUGCCAAAAUUGCGGCACCUCCACUACGCCUCUCUGGAGGAGAGAUGAAGCGGGAUCGGUGCUGUGCAAUGCCUGUGGGCUCUUCCUCAAACUCCAUGGCCGUCCUCGUCCGAUAAGCUUGAAAACAGACGUUAUCAAAAGUCGGAAUCGCGUCAAAGCCUCCGGGCAGGGGCCAAAGCGAAAACCAAAUGUGGAUGUCAAUGGCCUAGCUGCGUCAAGAUCCGAAGCCGGUACUCCUCCUCUAGGAUCUCAUGGUCAUCAUCGUGUAUCGCGAAGGGGUUCCCCGGGUCCUUCAGAUCAGUCCAAUUCCCCGUUAUCCCGCACCAAUACACCAAACUUCCAGCGCCAUUUGAACAUCGAACCUCAACACAUGUUCGACAGCGUCGCCCUCUCACACCACCACACCUUCAACCCGUCCGCGACUGCCCUCCCAUCCCUUCAAAUGCACAAUCCGUCCCCCAGCUCAACCUCCUCCGCAAACGAUCGCCACCUAGAGUCCCCGCAGACCUACGAAGGUCUUCUAGCUGCAAACACCUCUCUAAAAACGCGUAUUAGCGAACUAGAGCUGAUCAACGAACUGUUCCGCGGCCGAGUUGCGGAAUUAGAACAAAGUGACGCCGCCGCAAGGAGAUCGGAGAUGAUCGUUCGAGAUUCCGAGUCGCGCCUCAACCAGUCACUGGAAGAGGCUCAGCGGCGCGAAGAGAGCCUGAAACGCAGAAUAGGCGAACUCGAGCGCGCGUUGAUUCACGGCGAUUUACUGCAGAGUGGUACAUCAGCGGGUAUUGAGCCGCAUGCGAAAAAAAUCCGCCUGUCUGAUGUUGUCGGUUAUAGCUCUGAUUCAGCCACCAAGACAUCCCCUCAAUCUCUCUAG